CGGGACCGUCUGGGGUCUGCGUUUGAAACGGCAGCGGGGGUGAGGCGAGGAAGAAAGGUGUCCGUGAGGAGUUGGGAGAGGAGUGUGUAUCAAGCAGAAGAGGCAGAAGCUGUUUCCACGGGAGGAAGAAUCCUGCAGCCGGCCAAGCCAGCACGGAGGCGGCCACCGCAUCCUCCCUGCGCCCGCACCCUCGCUCGCCUCCUCCUUCCCGAAGGAGCUGAAUUCUCCUGGAAGCACGGCAGGCAAGGAAGGAAGGAUUUGCCACAAAGAAUAUAUCACCCUCCUCCCAAGCGGCUGGAUACUGCAUUUUUAAUUUUUUUUUUUAAUUUUUUUUUCCUCCUUUCAGUCCCUCUUCUGUGUUUAAAUACCAAAUAUAGCCUCUUGGGGGGGAGGGGAUGGAAAUCUCUUAGAAGAAUUUGAAAUCUUGCUGGGAUUCGGGAGUGCGGGUGUUGCACGGCCCGAGAGAAGCACCGAGGGAGAAGGGGAGAUGUGCGGCUUUCCCUGACUGAGAUAUUCCACUUUCGGGAAGCCUGAAGGUUUGUUUGUUGAUCGGUCUGUUGUUUCUCCUCUUUUCCUCUUCUGGGUAACACUAAAUCCCUCAGCAUUAUUCAAAACAAAAAACCCGAAGUGUUCCUACGUGUAGCUGGGGGCUUUCUAAUUUUUUAAGGUAGUUUUCAUCAAGAAACGGACAAAACCCCCCCUUCACCCGGAGGCUUUUGAGGUUUGAGACUGAAAUGGAGCUGUUUUUCUCCCGAACACUACAUGCUGUUUAAAAGGAGCCGGGACGAAAAAACAUCAUCUUUCCUGAUCUCGAUACGACUCUCCCACCCUCGGCACCCACGAGGGAUGCUUCAAGGAGCUUGAUGUGGAAAAGCAAAGUUGGAGUGUCCUUAGAGACUUCGUCGUGUCCAGCGGCUUAAUCGUGGACUUUGUUGUGUUAUUUUUUUUUUUAAAGUGGAUUCGUAGCAUACUUUUAUGAAUUAAAUAUUGCCCCCGUUUGUACAGAAGCCAAAUGACACGUGUGUUUUGAAACACGGUUCCAAAUAUAUCCAUCCCUCAACCCGGAUUCUCGCUAGAAAUAGCCGGAGGGAGAUCGUCAGUGUCUAAAGAAAUCUGAUUUUACUCUUCUAUGAACUUUUAGCUGCUGCAGAAAUGUUGCAACAGAUUGCUUUAUAAACAAUUCAGCAAGACAGGAGAUUUUCCAGCUUGCAGGACCUAGGAAACUGGAUACUUAAACUCACUUAAAUGUUUUAACAGCAUUGGAAAAUGGGAGCUGCUACUAAGUUGGCGUUCGCUGUUUUUCUUAUCUCUUGUUCUUCAGGUGCCAUACUUGGCAGAUCAGAAACACAGUGUAUCUACUACAAUGCUAACUGGGAAAAAGACAAAACAAACCGCAGUGGGAUUGAACCUUGUUAUGGUGAUAAAGAUAAAAGACAACACUGCUUUGCUACGUGGAAGAAUAUUUCUGGAUCAAUUGAAAUUGUGAAGCAAGGCUGCUGGCUAGAUGACAUCAAUUGUUAUGACAGGAGUGAUUGCAUAGAGAAGAGAGACAGCCCUGAAGUGUUUUUCUGUUGCUGUGAGGGCAACAUGUGUAACGAGCGCUUCUUUUAUUUCCCAGAAAUGGAGGUCACGCAGCCAACUUCCAACCCUGUUACACCUAAGCCACCUCUCUUCAACACUUUGCUGUAUUCAUUGGUGCCUAUCAUGGGAAUUGCAGUGAUUGUGCUCUUUUCAUUCUGGAUGUACAGACAUCACAAGCUGGCAUAUCCUCCAGUGCUUGUUCCUACCCAGGAUCCUGGACCACCACCACCUUCACCAUUGAUGGGUUUGAAGCCUUUGCAGUUACUGGAGAUCAAAGCCAGAGGAAGAUUUGGUUGUGUGUGGAAAGCUCAGCUCCUGAACGAGUAUGUUGCAGUCAAAAUAUUCCCUAUUCAGGACAAACAAUCCUGGCAGAACGAGUAUGAAAUUUACAGUUUGCCUGGGAUGAAGCAUGACAACAUCCUGCAGUUCAUUGGGGCAGAGAAAAGAGGCACCAGCAUUGAUGUGGAUCUCUGGUUAAUUACAGCAUUUCAUGAGAAGGGUUCCUUAACAGACUUUCUGAAGGCUAACGUGGUCUCUUGGAAUGAGCUGUGUCAUAUUGCUCAGACUAUGGCCAGAGGCUUGGCUUAUCUCCACGAAGAUAUACCAGGACUGAAAGAUGGACAUAAACCUGCUAUCUCACACAGGGACAUCAAAAGCAAGAAUGUGCUGCUGAAAAAUAAUCUUACAGCUUGUAUUGCUGAUUUUGGUCUAGCUUUAAAGUUUGAGGCUGGAAAAUCUGCAGGGGAUACCCAUGGACAGGUUGGGACACGAAGAUACAUGGCUCCUGAGGUGCUAGAAGGUGCUAUAAACUUCCAAAGGGAUGCAUUUCUGAGGAUAGACAUGUAUGCCAUGGGAUUGGUCCUCUGGGAACUGGCAUCACGCUGCACAGCUGCAGAUGGCCCAGUAGAUGAGUACAUGUUGCCAUUUGAAGAAGAAAUUGGCCAGCACCCCUCCCUAGAAGACAUGCAGGAAGUUGUAGUUCACAAAAAGAAGCGACCUGUUUUAAGAGAGUGUUGGCAGAAACACUCUGGGAUGGCGAUGCUGUGCGAGACCAUCGAGGAGUGCUGGGAUCACGACGCGGAGGCCAGGCUGUCAGCGGGCUGCGUAGAAGAACGGAUCAUUCAGAUGCAAAAAUUAACUAACAUUAUCACCACAGAGGACAUCGUGACUGUGGUCACAAUGGUGACAAACGUUGACUUUCCUCCCAAAGAAUCCAGUCUAUGAUAGUUGCACUGGUCAUGGAACUGACCGCCAGGACUCUUCACCGGAGCUGCUAACGCUGAGGGGACAGCUGGCGCCGUCGCUGUGUCUGUGUGCAGAGGAUGGUGAGUGUCUCUGGAACAGCCUCGAGAGGUGGCUUUGGUUUGGUGGUUUUUUUGUUUCCUUUGUUUCCUUCCCUCUUCCUCACCGUGGAUCCAUGAGACUCUUUUUGCAUUCCUGCUUACACCUGAAGGACGUGGGACUGAGAAAGGAACACCGUGCUGUUAAGGAACUGAAAUGAAGAAUAUGGACCUGUCCGGGGCUAAUGGAGAGUUUUAAAAACUGACAUCAGAUUUCUUAAUACUUUGUCAGAAGAGACUAAUUCCUUUAAAUGAACUACUGUUAUUUUUUUUAAAUCAAAACAUUUCAUUUCAGAUUUAAAAAAGAAAAAAAAAAAAAAAGAGAAAAAAAAAAGGGUAACUUGUUUUUAUUGCAUUUGCUGUUGUUUAUAAAAAUGACUAUUGUAAUGCCAAUAUGACACAGCUUGUGAAUGUUUAGUGUGCUGCUGUUCAGUGUACAUAAACAAAAGUAAUCAAGUGGGAUAUAGCAAAGAGGCUUCCAAGUAUUACUUAACCUCCCUCAACAAGGUAUACCUCAGUUCCACCUCUGCUAAAUUAUGAGAUUGACAACACUAACAGAAAUUUGAAUAAUAAAUCAAUCCAUGUUUUGUAAAUGAUGUAUUUCAAAUUCACUGUGUUAUUUAAAAAGGGUAAGCUAUGCUUCAUGCCAACAGUAAAUGGCCAUUCCUAAAGCAGUGUUUUUAGCCUUUUCUUGUACUAGCUUGUUGUGUAUAAAAAAAAAAAGUGCUGUUUAUUGAAACAGAAUUUCCCUUCCUGUUUUAGUUGAAACCUUUUCUCUUACCUCCAUUUCCCAGAAUAUCUCAUACAUUUAUUUAACUGAAUACUAUUUAGGUUUGCUGUGUCUGAGGAAUAUUUGAAAUCUUAAGCAUGACUUUUUUUUUUUUUUUUUAAAUUUCUGUGAGCUAUGACACUGGAAAGCUCUGAAUCCUUUUUUUUUUAAAAAAAAAAAAUCUUUUUUUCCUAUUUAUGUUUGUGCAGAAGUCUGCCUAGCGUGUUGUGUUUCACUAAGCAGUAUGCAGUGGGGUCUGUAUGACUGUUUCAGGAUCACCUCAGGAAGCUCCGUUACCCUCAAUUCCUUUUCCUCUCUGCUUGGAGAUUUGCAACUUCACUACUCCCAGCUCGGUGCCGUCCCAUUGGACUCCUCCUCCCUGUCUGGGACACCACCCAGGGGUAGCCUAGAAUCAAGAGCAAGGUUCUAGCCACAGAUGAAACCCACAAAUUUCAGGGAUGAUUUAGUUACAACUUCAGAUAUGCAACGACUAUUCAGAGGUAACGAACACCAAUGUUAUUGGUCCAUAGCACAGAAAAACUGAGGAAAACCAUGGAAAUGACAACUUUGACAACUCCAGGAGGCUUUUUUGAGUAUAGGAAGUCAUGCCUUACCUGCAAAUUACUGAGUGACUGGUAGGUGGGUGCCAGAGUGCUCCUCAGAAGUGCUGUUUCACUGCAUUUAUUUGAUUCUUUUCCCAAACUUCCAAGUAAAAUCUAUUUUGGAAAGCUCCAGAGUGCAGGACUGAUGGUAGCUGUGCUCUGCUGCCUGUUCCAUCACUGGGUUGGUUUUCCACCACACUCACUUGGCUCUCAGAAGCUUGGAAUGUUGCAGUUUAGGAGCUGACUGUGAGAGUUAUCUCAAAAAUUGAUCUCUGCAGCCCCCAGACACUUGUUUCACAUGGACAGGAGCUUGAACUCCAGGAGCAGUAAGAGACAUCCCAGAUAGAGAAGAGUCAAGUCAGCCUAAUCUUGCCAGGGAGGGGAAGGAAGGUCCCAGGUGCUGUCUGUCUGUCUGUCUUGCUGUUCCUCACCUCCAUGCCUCAGGUCCCAGGCAGCCAGAAGAGCCCAGUUCUGCUUUCAAGGUCCUUGGUACUGUAGGGUACGAGUUGGGGGUGUUCAGCUUGGCUCUAAAAAGGAAGAAACCUUGUUUGUGGCCACUUCUUUGACUGAUGCUUUCAUUGUGCUUCAGUUUUUAAUCCAAGAUGUGACUUGAUCCACACGGCAGGACAUGAGUGUAGCUGCUGAGUUCUGAACAGAGAAGAAUCCAUGGGUACUUCACUGAAGACCUUUGUGCUCCCAAUGAAUUUUACCCCUUUACAAGCAGAAAUGGAGUAAACACAGUUGGUUAAUAAUCUCUUCUUCAGGAUCUGAUGCAGAAAUUGCUGCAUCAUCUCUGUGUGAGCCUUUAAACAUCAGGUCCUGCAUGCUGUGGCAGCAUGUGGUGGGGCCCCUGGUGUUGGCCCUGGCUGAGGUCACUGUCUUGGCACUGGAUGAUAGCCCUGAUGGCUGAAAUGUUGUAAUUCUGUUUCCUGGUUUUUAACAGCAUCAUUUAGUGGCUCUGGGAAAAGGAUGGUCACAGUAUAAAUAAAUGCUCUUUAACUGCCAGAGCUGCUCUGGUGCAGCCCUUUGUGCAGGG